UGUGGUAUUUGGUCCAUGCUUGCAGUUGGUGUUUUUAAUGUUUUCCUUUUCGUAAAUUAACAAUUUUACAGGAAUUUUAAUCAGUAGUAGCGCUUAAAAUGGCUGCAGAUUUAGCUGAAGUUCAGCUACAAGUGCGCUUUGUAACGAAACAGGAGCAGUAUGCAGUUCCCGAUAGUCCUUAUGCUAUACAAAGCAAUGUUCAAUCAUCAGACCUCAAUACUCUGGUUAAUGCUCUCCUGAAGGAGACCAAUGCUGCUCUUGAAAAGGCGGUAGAAUUCGAUUUCCUAGUAUGUGGAGAACUCCUUUGCACGACCCUUGCGGAGCACUUGCAAGAGAAAAGUGCAUCUACAGAAGAAACUUUAGAAAUCGAAUAUUUAGAGAGGUUUCCAGCACCAGCUCCUCAAGAUUGUUUGAUGCACGAUGACUGGGUGUCAGCUGUGCAGGCACAUGGCAAUUGGAUUCUCUCAGGUAGUUAUGACAACAGCAUUCAUAUUUGGAGCAAUAAAGGUCAACACAAGCUGGCCAUUCCAGGCCACACCUCACCUGUCAAGGCAGUCUCUUGGGCCUCAUUUGUUGGAGAUAAAGCUGUAUUUGUGAGUGGUUCACAUGAUCAGUCUGCGAUGCUGUGGGUGUGGAAUGUCAGCAACAACUCGGUAGACUGUGUGGUAACAUGCCGCAGCCAUGAUAAAGGAGUGGAGUGCCUCUCAGUAUCAGCUGAUGCCCUGAAGUUUGCCACUGGCAGUUGGGACACUAAUAUCUGUCUUUGGAGCACAAGUCUAUCAGAUGAAGAUAAUGCUCCAGCCAAAAAGAGAAGCAAGCCAGAUCAUGGGAAUAUAAGAGAACCACUAAGCACACUCAAAGGGCAUCGCGAGGCUGUCUCAGGUGUGCAAUGGAUGGACUUCAACACAUUAUUGUCCAGUGGCUGGGAUCAUUUAUUGAAGCUGUGGGACUGUGAGCUUGGGGGUAUAAAGCAAGAAAUAGUAGGCAACAAAGCAUUCUUUGAUGUGGAUUGGUCUCCCCUGAACAAUAGUGUCUUGACAGCGUCAGCAGAUAGACAUAUUCGACUAUAUGAUCCUCGAUCCACAGAGAGUAUUGUGAAAACCACAUUCACAUCUCACACUGGUUGGGUGCAAUCCGUCCGUUGGUCAAAAACUCGCGAUACUUUAUUCUUAUCUGCUGGAUAUGACGGUCAGGUCAAACUUUGGGAAACCAGAAGUCCCCGUACACCACUAUACGAUCUGAGUGGACACGAAGACAAAGUGCUCUGCUGCGACUGGUCAAAUCCCUCACUGCUGGUCAGCGGUUCGUGCGACAACACCCUCAGGAUAUUCAAGGCCAAGCAUGCGGUAGGAAAUGCAUAAACCUUAUUUUUGUAGUUGGCUGUGUCAAUUCACACAUCCAGGAAAAUUGUAUAGGUAGGAAGUAACAAUAUUUAUAAACUUUUGGGAUAUUAACUUUUCUAUUGAAAGUUAUGAGACAAACCAUUAAAAUUUUUGAUAUGAAUUAAAU